AUGUCUCAGAGGCACUAUGGCCUGACAGGGGCCAUCAUCAAGUGUGCCUUCCAUGUCAGCAACGAAUUGGGUGCUGGGUUCCUCGAGUCCGUUUACGAAAAAGCAAUGCUGGUCGCAAUGAAGGACGAGGGAAUUACCGCUGUUUCACAAAAGCCCAUAGAAGUGACAUUCAGAGGCCAAGGGGUCGGAACCUUUUUCGCGGACUUACUGGUUGAGGACAAAGUUAUCGUAGAGCUGAAGGCGGCAAAAGCCAUUACCCCUGAACACCAAGCUCAACUAAUCAACUAUCUGAAGGCCACAGGUAUCGAGGUGGGACUGAUUCUAAACUUCGGCAACCCCAAGCUGGAGUACAAACGCUCACCGCUCACGCCGCCCCGAAUAAAUUUGGCGAAUUAG